AUGGACAACGCUGCUUUAUUACUCCAAUUAUUAACAAAUCCAAGUGCUUUACAACAAGCGCUUACAACUAUUACACAAAAUCAAGAAAGUUCAUCUACGCCUGAAUCUACACUGCCAGCAUCAUCUAAUGCUAUUAUAGGAAUUUUCCCACGUAGGUCCGCUCAAAACCCAAUCACCAAAGAGGAAUGGAGACGAUGGAAAAAAAAUAAAGAAGGCAAAAAUUGGAAAGAUUUUCUUAACUUGCCGUAUGAUACAUAUUGGUCUUAUCGAAGAAAUCUUCGUGAUCGAUUAAAUGCAUGCUGUCAAAAAGGAAAAUACGCAUUAAAACAAAAUCAAGGAAUUGUUCAAAAAGUCAUUGAGAAA